GGAAAAUAAAGAAGCUGGUCUGUCCUCCGACUGCCACGAGGCCAGCCGAGCUCCGGCGCCAAGCAUUUCUGCCGCCCGGCUUCUUCGACAUCAUCACUGGCACCAGUAAGACAGACCUCCAUCCCCAACACAACACAACACCUCAGACUCGAAGAUCAUCAUGGGCUGGUUCUCAAGUAGCCCAGACACAACCAAAGCCUCCGAUGGCGGCCGCAUUGCGCCGAACAGAUCAUCACGCGAACACUGCUACAACGGGCGGGAUUUGUUCUUCGACUGCCUGGACCGAAACGACAUCCUCGAUGCGGUCAAAAACGAUGCCGAUGCGCGCAAAAAGUGCGGGAAGGAGAUUGCGGAGUUCGAGUCGGCUUGUUCGAAAGCAUGGGUGAAAUAUUUCAAGGAGAAGAGAGUUAUGGAGUAUAACAGGGAUCAAACAAUCGCGCGGAUAAAGGAAGAGGAUGCGGCGACGGUGGCGAAGAAUAAGGCUCGAUAAUGGGCUGCAGGGUGAUUACUGGGGUUAUAGGUAAUGGGAAAUGCUGUACGAUAGCAGUUUGAAUGUUUGUAUGAUAUCGUGGUUAAGAGGGCAUUGAGCAUACGUGUAUAUUCAUCACCACUCGAGAAAGGACGGGCAAAAUUACAAUAUGUCCAAACACCGUGAAAAGAAAAUGAAAUGAAAUAAAAAA